CUGCCACCUCGCUUGUCAUCCAUUCCCGAUUCCCUCACCAAAACACCAAACCCUACUCUCUCUCUCUCACCCCGCAUUCUCGUAGAUCCCAAACCCUCCACUUCACACCCAUUCUUUCUCACUCUUCGUAGGGCUUUGAUUUGCUAUUGCCAUGGCCACCGUGCUCGAAUCCCUUAUCGUGCCUCGCGCCGCCACUCUACCCUCCCUUACUAUCUCUCCGAUCGCGGCCUCUUCGCUCUCCGCCCGUAGAUUGCCCCGGUUCGGAGGCCUCAGGGCAAGACCGAGUUUCUCAACUCGCUCUUUUGGCUCGGCGAGUCCGAUCCCGAGUUCGGGUUCGCAACUCGCUCGUCGUGGUGGCCUAGUCGUGUGCGAGGCUCAGGACACUGCUGUCGAAGUGGCUGCUGUGACAGAUGCAAAUUGGCAGUCGCUCGUUCUAGACUCUGAGUUCCCUGUUUUGGUUGAAUUCUGGGCCCCUUGGUGUGGGCCAUGCCGUAUGAUCCAUCCUAUCAUUGAUGAACUGGCAAAGCAAUAUGCUGGGAAGCUCAAAUGCUACAAAGUUAAUACUGAUGAGAGCCCAUCAGUUGCCACACGAUAUGGAAUUAGAAGCAUCCCAACUGUCAUAAUCUUCAGGAAUGGUGAGAAAAAAGAUGCAAUUAUUGGUGCUGUUCCCAAAUCCACAUUGACAACUAGCAUAGAGAAAUUCUUGUAGAGGUGGCAAGUAAAGAAAGCCUAUACUGGAAUCGAGCUGUUUGUAGUAUUUAUUUCUUUUCUUAGUUUCUGAUGUCCCAAGAUUGGAAACAUUGUACCCACAAUAAACUCAUAUUUGCUCUCCUGUAUAGUUAUCAGAUGCAGCUGUAUCUUCUGUUACCUUAGGAGAAUGUACUUGCAAAUAUACUUGUUUGAAAUGUCUUAAGAGUAUUCUCCUGUGCAUGAGUUAA